AUGGAUUGUGAGAGAGGAGGAAACUACAAAAGGAAGAAUGCAUCAGAAAAUAAUAAUUCUUCAAAAGACAUUUAUAGUAUGAAAGUUAAAUGUCCUUUUAGACUGAGAUAUGUGGCAAAUGAUAGCGGUUGGAAGGUGAUGAUUAGAUGUGGGUUGCACAAUCAUAAAUUAUCUAAGAAUUUAGAUGACCAUGACAUAUUGGGUCUUCUAAAAGAUCAUGAAAGACAGUUUGUGAAUGAUAUGACGAAGUACAACAUGGCUCAAAAGUACAUAGUUACUGCUUUAAAAGACAAAGACCCAGAUAACUUCACCAGUGUUAUUCAGGUCUAUAAAGCUACAUCUACAUACAAUAUGAGAAAUAGAGGUUCAUUGACGGAAUUGCAAAUGUUAUUGAGUCUUAUUCAUAGAGAGAAGUACAUAUGCUGGACUAGAAAUAUGGACGACUUAAAUGUUAUUGUGGAUAUCUUUUGA